UCUCCUCGCCGGACCUCCGGGCCCCGAUGGCUCCGCGAGGGCUUGCGGACGAGGCUGGACGCUGGUGGGGACUCGCUAUCGGCUUGGCCGCCUUCUUCCUCCCAGGUGCGCACGCCCAGAUGGUGCAGGUGAACGACUCCAUGUACGGGUUCAUCGGCACCGACGUGGUGCUGCACUGCAACUUCGCCAACCCGCUGCCCAGCGUGAAGAUCACCCAGGUCACCUGGCAGAAGGCGACCAACGGCUCCAAGCAGAACGUGGCCAUCUACAACCCGGCCAUGGGCGUCUCGGUGCUGCUCCCCUACCGCGGCCGCGUGCAGUUCCUGCGGCCCUCCUUCACCGACGGCACCAUCCGCCUCUCCCGCCUCGAGCUGGACGACGAGGGCGUCUACAUCUGCGAGUUUGCCACCUUCCCUGCGGGCAACCGAGAGAGCCAGCUCAACCUGACCGUGAUGGCCAAACCCACCAACUGGAUCGAGAGCAGCCAGGCAGCGCUCCGUGCGGAGAAGGGGCGGGACGAGAAGGUCCUGGUGGCCACCUGCACCUCGGCCAACGGGAAGCCGCCUGGCGUGCUGUCCUGGGAAACGCGGCUGAAGGGGGAGGCUGAGUACCAGGAGGUCCGGAACCCCAACGGCACGGUCACCGUUGUCAGCCGCUACCGCCUGGUGCCCGGCCGGGAGGCCCACCUGCAGCCCCUGGCCUGUGUCGUCAACUACCACCUGGACCGCUUCCGGGAAAGCAUCACCGUCCACGUGCAGUAUGAGCCUGAGGUGACCAUCGAAGGGUUUGAUGGGAAUUGGUACCUGCAGCGGAUGGAUGUGAAGCUCACCUGCAAAGCCGACGCUAACCCUCCGGCCACCGAGUACCACUGGACCACGCUGAAUGGCUCUCUGCCCAGGGGCGUGGAGGCCCAGAACAGAACCCUCUUCUUCAGGGGACCUAUCGACUACAGCCUGACGGGGACCUACGUCUGCGAGGCCACCAACCCCGUCGGCACCCGCUCGGGCCAGGUGGAGGUCAACAUCACAGAAUUCCCCUACACCCCGUCGCCUCCGGAGCACGGGCGGCGGGCCGGGCCGGUGCCCACGGCCAUCAUCGGGGGCGUGGCGGGGAGCGUGCUGCUGGUGCUGCUGGUGGUCGGGGGCACCGUGCUGGCCCUGCGCCGGCGCCGCCACACCUUCAAGGGCGACUACAGCACCAAGAAGCACGUGUACGGCAACGGCUACAGCAAGGCGGGCGUCCCCCAGCACCACCCGCCGCUGGGCCAGAGCCUGCAGUACCCCGACGACUCGGACGACGAGAAGAAGGCCGGCCCGCUGGGGGGCAGCAGCUACGAAGAGGAGGAGGAGGAGGAGGGCGGUGGGGGGCGCGAGUGCAAGGUGGGGGGCACGCACCCCAAAUACGACGAGGACGCCAAGCGGCCCUACUUCACGGUGGACGAGGCCCAGGCCUGUCAGGACGGCUACGGGGACCGGACCCUGGGCUACCAGUACGACCCCGAGCAGCUGGACUUGGCCGAGAACAUGGUUUCUCAGAACGAUGGGUCUUUCAUUUCCAAGAAGGAGUGGUACGUGUAGUCCCUCCCAGAGCCUGUCUGCGCCCUCCUCC